CCUUUGCCAAACACGCCUACUUAAUGUUUAGUCAUUUCUUCUAGUUGGACAUCGACCAACAUAUGUUAGCCUGCAACUUCUAGCCCAGCCAUUCAAAAUACUGAUGCGGUCCUGCAGCCUCCACAUAACAUGCGGAACUUUAUUUCUAGGUUGAGACACGAGAGACGUACUAGUUCCAAGACCGAAUCAGUGCCUGGUCUUCAAGAAGCAACACAGGAAAGCCCUCAACAACACCUCUACCGAUAUCGCAAGCAACGCGGAAUUAAUCUUGGCUCGUGGUUCGUUUUGGAGCGGUGGAUAUCGGAAUCACCAUUUCAAUGGGCCGCCGGCAGCGGACAAAGUGAUCUGGACGUUGCCAAGGGUCUACACGCGAAACAGGUUCUGGAACAACAUUGGGAUUCUUGGAUCACCUCUAGCGACUUCGAAUGGCUCGCGGCAAGGGGAAUCAACACUGUGCGGAUCCCAAUUGGAUACUAUCAUAUCUGUGCACUGGACCCAAGUAUCCUUACUCGAACUGACUUUGAUGGUCUUCAACAUGUGUUUGAAGGAGCGUGGAGUAGGCUUGUCGCUGCGGUGAUGACUGCCCAGAGCUUUGGAAUUGGGGUGCUAUUUGACCUUCACGCAGCUCCUGGCAAACAGAAUCAAGAUUCACAUUCCGGGACGUCAUCUCCGGUAAUGUCUUUUUUCAAUAGCAAAUUUAACAUGCAGCUGGCUGUUCGCGCCCUCAGCAUACUAGUCACACAACUCAUCGCUUUGCGGGAACAUGAACCCCCAAUUCACAAUAUAGUCGGUAUACAGCUUCUCAACGAACCCCACCCUUCCUCGCACGAAACACUCUGCAAGUGGUAUAGGGAGGCAAUCCAAGAGAUAAGACAUAUCGACUCUAGUUUCCCAAUCUACAUAUCAGACUGUUGGAUGACUGAUCAAUAUGCCGAUUUCGUCGCACACUUACCCCCUUCCUUGGCGCUGACUGGCGUCGACCAUCAUCUGUACCGGUGUUUUACAAAAAGCGACAUUUCAACAUCAGCAGCGCAGCAUACUGCAUCCCUUGCUGAUCGGAAUGCCCCCUUUCCGCAAAUGUUCUCCCGCGUGUCAGAGAAGCUCGAAGCUGUAGGAAGUGGACUCAUAGUUGGCGAGUGGUCUGGAGCCUUGAAUCCAGGCUCUUUGGAAGGCACAGCGGAUGAACAUCAGGCAAGAGCAUCUUACAUUCGGGCUCAGCUUGACCUGUUCGAGCUGUACUGCGCUGGAUCAUUUUUUUGGACGUACAAAAAAGAGUUGCCUGGAGACCAAGGAUGGUCUUUCCGAGACGCGGUUGAAAGUGGCAUCUUUCCCGAUGUUGUGGGUAUGAUCCCAGUAAAGGAUUUUGUUGGACUCAGUAGCGACAUAAGUGCUAGAAAAGUGACCGCUAGAAAUGUAGCCUUAGGCCAACAUGUAUCCUACUGGGCCAGUUUCCCUGGUUAUUACGAGCAUUGGCGGUUUGAAGCCGGCUUCGAUCAGGGCUGGGUCGAGGCCUAUGACUUCUUCGCCUUCGAUCGCGCGGACCAGACUGCCGUCUCAGAACUGGGAUUCAAGGGAUGCAUUGCUAAGAGGAAGGCGCAAGACCAUAGUCGUGAAAACGGGAGCAGCAACAACCUUUGGGAGUUCGGUGAGUGCACUGUUCAAGGAGGUUUCCUCUUCUGGGUUUGUGCCGCCUCUCGGCCGGCAGCACGACAUACCCGCUAUCUCGAUAAGUCCAUCUGCGAUAUCGCAGAUUUAGGCGGCCCUAUUCUUAACGUAUUUCAGAGCAUGGAUUUAGGCAAGGGGUAGAUGCUGCGAAGCAAGAUUUUCAGCAUCACUACUGUUGAUUUUCACGUGUCAGGCGUCAGAUCUUCAUGAACAGACAAUCCGUAUCUUUGCAUGCCCAUGUCCUCGUGUAUGAU